UGCGUAAAAGAUAAAAGCCCAUUCACCCAUUAUUGCAACGCACUCCAUUUCUCUCUCUCUCUCUCUCACCACACAAGAAGCUUUUUUCCUUCGUCUGUUGCAUGCUCUCUGAAACCUUCGCCUAUAGAUCCGAUCUUGCCUUAAUCCUUUCUUCUCUUCUUUGCUCUGAAUUUCAGCUAACAAUGUAUCUGCUCUGAAUUUCUCUCUCUCCAUUUCCUGAUCCGUCUUCUUCCAAGAAUGGCCAGAACCGACCAAACUCUAACAUGUUUACUCGGUCUUUUCCUGAUAUUGCCAGCCAGCUUUUCGCCCUUCACAGCUGCAACGACUGUAACGGCAACUAGCAAAGACCAGAUCGAGUGCACAAUGUGCUCUGCCUGCGACAAUCCAUGCCACCCAAUUCCCUCCCCGCCUCCACCAUCCCCGCCACCACCCUCACUUCCGCCGCCGUCGCCACCCCCGCCGUCGUCUGUAUCCGAGUGCCCACCACCGCCUUUGCCCCCGAGUUCCGAUAAUAAUUAUCCACCUCCCCUGCCGCCAUGGCAGCCCGGCUACCCGCCUGGUGGGCCCGGGGGCGCCAUAGGAGGAUCGGUGUACCCUCCACCCGCCGGAAUCUACCCACGGCCUCCACCUCCGAACCCAAUUGUACCUUACUUCCCAUUUUACUAUCAUACUCCACCCGGUAGUCCUCAGUUCUUCUCCAACUCCAUCCAAUCGAAGGCCCCAAUCAUUUUCUCAACUAGUCUUCUUCUUCUUCUGAUUUCUUUCUGCUUUCUUUAGGAAGGACAAAUUGUCCAACCAUAAUUAGUAAUGGCUCAGUCAGAUUAUCAAGCAGAUCUAUAAUCUCGAUACAAUCUGAAGGAGCAAGAAGAACAGAAGGGAUUUCGAUCUAGCCGCAGAAAG